AAAAAUUUCCGUUAAGUUCAUCGUGAAAUAUUAUUAAUUUUUGUUACUUUAAAUUUGUAAUUUUUGCUUUUCUGAAACGUUUUAAAAUGUUUUAAACAAACACAGAUAAUGAAAAAUAAUAUAAAAAGUGUUGAAAAUAAGUUAUUUACUCUAAAUUAAAGAAAGUCUAAACUUAGUCAAUUUUUUUAAACGAAAUUUAUUACCUUUGUUUAUAUUUUCAAAAUCGAAGGAAUAAAAUCCUUGAAAUCUUAACUUUAUAUUUCUGUAUUUGCAAAUUAUUUGUGCCUUAUGGAAACACUUCGAGGAAUUUUUCCAGUAACUCAACCUCCUCCAAAACGAGAUUUCUUAAGAGAAAACGUUAUGAGGAUUAAACAUAUUCAAAGGACGAGAAAUUCAGGGAAAGAAACUGAAUAUUUAAAUAAGUUUAGCAAGCCUAUAAAAUGUCGGAAAUUUAGUUCGAAUGACAAUAACUCUCGUUCAACCAAUUCGUUGGUAGCAUAUCCUUCUAAAUCUACAGUUAAUAAUUUGCGCAGAGCUAUGAGCACAAUGUUUAUUCAAGAUCAGAAGGAAAUUGGUGUUCAAACUGUUGAUACUAAUGAUGAAUAUUUUCUCAAAGAUUCUAUUAUUCGAUUUCCAUCAGCUUCUUCAAUUCGAUCAGGUAAAGCGAGACCUACAUCAUCGUGUCAACGAACACAAAUCGGCUCAAGAGAUAACUUAGAUACUGCUGAAUCACUUCCAAAGUCUCGGUUGACAAAUCAUUCGAAUCGCAAUGAAAUAGUAAACAAUUACAUAUCAAGCUUAGAUGAGUAUCCUGGCAAACAGAGUGUGAGCAAGAGAAAUCCUCCAGUAUCUAUUUUAAAGAACAGUUCAAGUACGUCCAUCCAGAAAUCGAAUAAAAACUACAUUAAUGAAUCCCAGCGAAAGGAAAAAAUAACUGAAAAACAUAAAAAUGAAUGCGCACAACUUAUAGAUAUCUCUGACGAAGAAGAUUUUAGUCAGGAGAAAGAUUCACUAGCUGAAAAAGAAAUAUCUGCGAACGAUGCAACAAAAGAGACAACGAAAACUGCUGAAAUGGAUCCAGAUUGUCCUGAAGGUCAUGUAGCACUUUCAGAUUCCGAGCGAUUGGAAACUUUAAAAGUUGCAAAGAAAAGAUUUAAAGAACUUGUGGAUGAGCUAAACCGACUUCCGAUGACAUGCGAGACCCUUCGCGUACGUAAUCGUAAAAUUGCAAUCGAAAAAGAACUUCGCACUCUUGAGACAAACAUGAGAGUGUUUUCUCGUACAAAAGUCUAUGUUAAAUUAGAGACUAAUAAUUAAAAGUUUUUAUUUAACAGAACUUUCGAUAAAUAAAUGUUUCCGUCCGUAUAUUUAAUUGCGAUUUAAAAAUAAUGUGCUUAGUAAUCUUACCAAAAUCUAUUGUAAUCAGAACAGCAUGAAUCAAAAUAGAAAUUUAUUUAAAAUGACUGAUAUGAAGUUACUUAGAUAGAUAAUAAAUAAACCAAAGUAAGAACAAAAGGAAGCUUAUU